AUGUCUGAACGGCGUGCGCUUCAUACUUCCAAUUAUUUAAAUGACAAAAUUUACUUUCUUGGAGGUGAAACAGAUAGAGCAUCACAUACCAAUGAUUUUUUUUAUUUAGACGUUUCAGCACCGUUUACUUUAGAUUCUUUGCCAAUAGUCGAUUUAACCAGAAAUGUUCAGAUUGCUAAACAUAAAAGAGCGACAUCAAGCGUGUGUGGCCCUAAUAAAGAUACAAUCUUUCUGUUUGGUGGCGAUAUUGACGGUGAUGAAAGUGCUGCAUCCUUAGUUUAUACAUUUAACAUCAGCGUUCCACAAUGGACUAAUACAAAUAUUGAAGGACCUCAACCACAAAGACGUGUAGCGUCAUCAGUCGUCUGUGAUGAAAAUGCAAGGAUGUAUAUAUUUGGUGGUACCAACGGUGAUGGUUAUCAAAAUGAUUUUGAUAUUUUGGACACAGAUCAAUUAACUUGGUCAUUGGGAAGUAGAGUAAAUAUUCCACCUCCUAUGGACUUGGCUACCGCAAAUUUAUUAUCGAAUGGGAAAAUCGUCUAUCUAGGAGGAUAUAGUAAUAGACAACUUAUUGACAUGUCAAAGAUUUAUUUAUAUGAUACCAUUAACGAUGAAUGGUCACGAAUGUUUACGAUGGGCACUCCACCAAGGGGUAGAGCUUGGCACUCGGCCAUCUUAACACAAGAUGGUCGCAUUAUCGUCUACGGAGGAGUUCCUGUUUCUCCUGAUGAUCAAUUAUCGGUUCUAGAUACCACCGUACUACCCUUUAAAUGGAGCAUUCCCGAAAUUUCAUUUACUCCUAGUUCUGCACCAUACAGUUGGAUCUAUAAAGGUUCAGCUCCCGCAGUCUAUAGUAAUCAAAUUGUUAUGCUUGACAUAAGCGAUAAAAAUGAUUACAACAGAGGCACUUCGCUCAAAUUGGACAUAGGACAAGAGAACCCAUAUUUCAUACUUGCUUUACCAAUAGUAUAUACUUCUUUCUAUAUUUUUGGUACUUACAUCACUUUAACUGAGGUCAUGUUAUAUCUAUUUUUUAUUAAAGAAGAAAAAGGAAAAGAGUCGAAGUGUACGAUAAAAUUAAUGUGA